AGUCAACAGCUGGUCACUCUGUGAAUUGUGCGCUCUCUGUUGGUGGGCUGGUGGAGCUCAGCGCACCAAAGUUGUCAAUCGGUCGAAGAGCACACAAGUGAUUGGUUAUGUGAGUUUUCCAUUGUCACUAAAAUUAUAGUAUUUGUUAUUAAAAGAUGUUAAAUAAGCAUAUUUAUGAUACUUCCUCCACAUAAAGAAAGCGUAAAAGUAGCAAAAAGAUUUCUGUAAGUAAGUAAGCAUUUACGCCAACAGAGUGACAAAGUGUCUGAAUGUGUUGGGUAUUUUGGAGCCAAAAUCGUUAUUCUGCACAGUGAUAAUUGCAUGAAAAAAUAACGCUGAAUUAAAUAAAUAAAAAUAAAAAAGCAUUCAAUGAACGAAUGAUAAAAAUCAAUUGGUUUAAAUAAGUUAAUGAAUACAUUCCAAUAAAGUGCAUUCAACUGCUGCAGAAACCAACUGCGACCUAAUUAAAUCAACUAGACUAGAUCAGCUGGCGCAGCCAUAACCGCUGCAGUUGUACAUUUGGUCUUCCAUAAUAUCACACAAGCGACGACAGUGCAGCGAAAGUGUCCGCCAUUUCACAGCAAUCUUCCUAAAUGCCAAGGCAAGUGUUGGCGAGCAAAAAAUCUUAUUUUUAAUUAAUUCGGUGGAUUUGAGCAGCAACAACUACAAUAAUAAGUGGUAACCUGCACACGGUAGUGGCAAAAUGGAUCAUUCACAGCAUAGUAUACACAAUCACGCACAUCAUAUGCUGCCUCUAGAUACGGCAACACCACACGAUCAUGCCGCUACAAUAUUGUCCACCACCACUGUCAGCCCCUUGGAUGUGAUGGGUCAUGGCGAGCACGUGGUCAUGAGCGACCAGCAUGCGAUGCACAACAGCCACGACCAUGGCGCCAUGAAUAUGGAAGGAGCAAUGCAUCAUAUGAUGUCAAUGGCGUUCCACUACGGCUACAAUGAGACUGUGCUCUUCUCCUGGUGGAAAUUCGAUAGUAUCAUGGGCCUGAUUGGUUCGAUGAUCGCUAUAUUUGUAAUGGCUGUGCUUUACGAGGGUCUCAAGUACUAUCGCGAAUACCUGUUUUGGAAGACAUACAAUUUGCUGGAAUACCGACCAGUUACCGGACCACAACGCAAUCCCGAAGAUCCGCAACGGAGUACGCCGUCGACGAGCGCCUCGCCAGUGCAAUAUGUUGGCGAAGUCAUACACAAGCAACCUCCGACGAUGCUGUCGCUGAACCAUUUCUAUCAAACCGGGCUCCACAUACUGCAAGUGACGCUCUCCUUCAUGCUGAUGCUGAUCUUUAUGACCUACAACGUUUGGCUCUGCAUUGCCGUGGUGCUGGGCGCCGCUGUCGGCUACUUCCUGUUCUGCUGGCGGAAGUCGGUGAUUGUCGAUGUAACGGAACACUGUCACUAGCAAUGUUUAAAAUGUGAAAGGCGCUUCGCUUGGAUGCGCUGCCUCUGGCCAAGCCAAAUUGGCAAUACUAAUUAUCAGCAGCAGCAACAACAACAACAACAGCAGCCCCAACAAUAUCAGCAACAAACUAUAGCCACCACAGCAGCAAUAACAACAACAAGCGCGUGCAGAGCCAGCAACAGAUUCGGCACUAGCGGUCAACGCGCUGACACGCCUGGCACCAUCGACAACAACCACUACUACGACAGUCACGACAGUUACAACAAUUACGACACUUAUAAUGCGAGAAGAAACGGUGCCGCAACCUGUAACGCAACAGCCAAUACGCUGUUAAACAACGCCGGCGGCAGUGUACGCUGUGCGCGUUACGUAAAGCGUGGCACCGGCGAGCCGGGGCAGCGCGGCAUGCAAGUGACCAUGGCCAACUACAACCAAAAGGACUAUGAUAUUUACUACUACGAACGUGAGGAGUACGAGGAUGAGACAGUUAUCAUUGAUACGCUUGCCGUAACGGCCACCACCACCACACAGCUCAUGGAGAGCGGUUGCGGCAGCGUCGGUGCUAAUUGCCAGAAAUGUCGAAAUAUUAAAAUUCUUCUAAGACUAAGUUUAAGAUAUUUUUAUGAUAUAAACUGUGAAAUUGUUAAGAACACCAUUUAAGGCAACACACACACACAACAACAACAACAAAAUCACAAACAAAAUGAAAACCAAUAGUAGCUAGCAAGUGAGUGAAGACAAAAUAGGAAUACAAAAAGUUAGCAGUAUAAAGUAGUUUAGGCACGUGAUAGCGCGCAGUCGUAUGUCAGCGGGUGGAAUUUAAGAAGCAUAAAGUGAAAUAUUUUUACACGAAGUAGUUGUUUAGGUGUAAUUAGAAAUUUGCAAAGCGCAUGAUUCGCCAUAAAUGCGCGUUCAAUUGCGCUUGCGGAUUAUUUGGUGCUAAGAAUGCAUUGGCCUUCGAACGAAAUAAUGUAUUUUCGAUUAUUGAAUUUUCCUUGGUUAAAAAGAAAUUUUGUAUUUCUUUUUUUUUUUUUGCUAAUAUUUACCAUUUUGAGUUUGACACUUACUUAGCUGAACGAUGUGGUUGCCACUUGUUGGCGUUUAUAUGCAUAUUUUAAUAUUUUAUCGACAUGUUAUUAGCCUAUAUAUUUUUUAAUUUUUAUUAUUGCUUUUUUACCACUUUAUUAUAGUAAUUAAUUAUAUAUGUAAUUGAUUUUGUCAAUUUUUCUAAAAUCCAAAUUUUACACGCAUGUAUUAGGUCGCAAAGUUUACAAGCAAUUUGUUAUAGAUAGUGAGGCUACAGCCGUUUCCUACACAAAAUCCAUUAAUGUUUAAUAUUAUACAUACACACAACUCUACAAAAGUGCAUACGAGCAGGUGUUGCACUCUUUUUGAAAGUAAAAAUUGUUACAGUGGUGUGCGUAAAAAUACUUAAAUAGCUGCAAUUGUUACUGUAUAUUGCUGUUAAGUUUUCAUGAAGUAAAAACUUGUGUGCUAUAAAAUUUUACAACGCAUUUUAUGUAAGAGAAGACCUCUACUACACAUAUAUAUUAUGUACGUGUAUUAAAGAUAUAUUGAAUAUGAAGCCAACACUAUGACACUAUGACACUUAACUUAACAUAAUAUUGUAUUAACAAAUGGUUUUUGAAAAAUGAAGCGAAAGUUAAUCUGCUGCAAGCAUACACUCAUAUACUCACUUAUAUACAUACAUACAUAAAUUCAUAUGCGUACAUUUUUCAAAUUUACUGUGUACAAUUCAAAUAAAGACCAAAAUAUCCUUUAA